AUGAUCCCUUACAUCGUUUACUUCCCUCUUAUCGCUUCCGUCCUGGGAGGACCAACACGGAGACCCGGUUGCAGCGAUGGUCCUCAUAUCAUUACCGUGAGAGAAACCAGUGCAUCUCCCUGGGGAGGCAAGUUGCCGGAGCUAGUACAGGCUAUAACGGACCAGCUCGACGGCUCAGAUUGGGAUGACAUUCCAUACCCAGCAACGUGGCAUGAUCCGCUUUAUUCCCUCUCCGAGGCAGAAGGGGUUGUGGAUACAACGGCGGCGAUUGAAUCAUACGCAAUGGAUUGUCCCAGCACAGAUAUCAUUCUCUUGGGAUACUCUCAGGGGGCGCAAGUCAUACUCGAUGUUCUGUGCGGAACCAGUGAAACUGGCUUUAAUGAAACAGCCCCGCUACCAUGGAGUUCAGGGCAGAAUGUAAAGGCAGUGGUCCUGAUGGGUGACACAAGUCACAUUGCAAACAUUGCAUUCGACGCGGGGACCAGUACUAAAGAUGGACGAUUCCCACGGAAAAACAACACUGAAUGUGCAUCCUAUACCGGUGUGAUUCGAUCCUAUUGCGAUAUGAACGACAUCUGGUGUGACAGCGGAGACAAUCAAACAGUUCAUGAGAGCUAUGUUUCUACGUAUAAGAGCGAUGCUGUGGAUUUUGCAGUCUCAAAGGUCAAGAAUUAA